AUUCAAAAUGGCUACCUGUUCAGAGUCCUUUGUCGGAGAAGAGCUGGAGCCUACUCUCUCUAAUGUACUGGAACAGUCUUCAUUGAAAUGGAUAUUUGUGGGUGGCAAAGGAGGCGUUGGGAAAACGACUUGUAGUUGUAGUUUGGCAGUACUGCUUUCAAGAAUAAGAGAGAGUGUCCUCCUAAUAUCGACUGAUCCUGCUCAUAAUCUCUCGGAUGCUUUUGAUCAAAAAUUCUCGAAAUUCCCAACUCAAGUUCAAGGCUACCGGAACCUCUUUGCAAUGGAAAUUGAUCCUGAAGUGAUGGAUAAGAAUGAGAUUGAAGAUGGAAUAAGUCAAGCUGAAGGUCCAAUAUUAUCA